AUGGAACACUUGUUGGGUCUUCUCAGAAUUCAUGUCCACAGAGGUGUAAACCUUGCUGUCAGAGAUCUCAAGAGCAGCGACCCUUACGUUAUUGUUAGAUUUGGCAAACAGAAAUUAAAGACUCGUGUGAUAAAGAGGAAUCUCAAUCCCGAGUGGAAUGAAGAUCUGACACUCUCUGUCUCAGACCCAAAUACUCCAAUCAAGCUAAUGGUGUACGACAAGGAUACAUUCACGCCCGAUGACAAAAUGGGAGAUGCAGAGUUUGACAUUAAACCAUUCGUAGAAGCUGUGAAGAUGCACUUGCAAGACCUCCCUAAUGAAACCAUAAUCACAAAAAUUAAACCAAGCCGGGAAAACUGCCUUGCUGAAGAAAGCUGUAUUAUCUGGACAAACGGCAAAGUUGUCCAAAAUUUGGUUCUGAAACUGCGAAAUGUCGAGCGAGGUGAAGUAGAACUCCAGCUGCAGUGGAUUGAUAUUCCAGGUUCUAGAGGUCUGUCCAUGUAA